ACACCUUUCACACAACUCAAGCCACUGAAACCUGCUCACAGCUGACCACUGUUCACUGUACUGUCACCACUACAGAGACAUUACAGUGUGUGUGUAUGCAAAUAUAGAUAUAGAUGUGUUUUUUUUUGUUUGUGUAUUUCUGUAGUUGUGUAUAUCUGCAUAUAUAGAAUUGUUAUUUUUAUUUUGAAGUAAUAGUUCCGUGAGAGCGACCUUUCGCUCCACACCAGAUGGUGGCGGUAAUGCGCCAAAUGGUUGUUUGCCAACUGUCAAUAAACCUCAGAAAAGAAGAAGAACAAGUGUCAGUAAAAAGUGGACAAACUUGUUCGUCGUCGCUGUGAUUUCGCGUUUGUUCGGUUUCUGUCGAUUCUUUUUCGUCCGAGUUUUUGUGUAAACGCGUCUUUUGUUCGUUAGAAUUCGACUAACCUCGAGCCUUUUGUUGUGUUUUUUUUGUUUUAAAUUCAACGGAACCGAGGAUCGGCCGCGUCUGACGAACCCGUUAGCGUUAGCUUCAGCUAACGGACCAGGAACUGCUUCACCGGAAACUUGUUCCGACUCUUUUCGGAAAGUUUUCGUGUUUGAUCGGACACCGUCUCGUUGAAUGUGACGUCAGAGGAGAUGGAAGCUGACCUCAGCAGUUAACGUCCACGUUCUUCUGGUUGUUGUUGCUCGGCUCCUCUCUCCUCUCUGUAGCCGAGCACCGGCGCCGGUGUUCGGCUCACACUCUGCUCUGAUGCCGCUGUCCAGGCCCGGAGACCCGGCUAACUUCCACCUCCUGCACCGCGUGUGUAAGGUGGUGGUGCUGCUCUGCUUCCUCCACAUCUCCGUCACCAUCGUCUUCUACGUCCGCUCCCUGGACACCCGCUUCGCUUUCGUCCAGAACCAGCAGUACCACGGUAAUGCGACCCAGCGGAACCAGGUCACAGUCACCGACCUGAACCGGACACAUGAACCCGCUGAGAUCCAGCAGCAGGAGGCCCGGGAGAAGGAGACCGAGUCCGGGGAGAGGAAGCUGGAGAAGUGUCCUGAAACUUCACCUCUACUGGUGGGUCCCCUGCGGGUGGAGUUUAACGUCCCCGUCAGUCUGGACCAGAUCAAGCAGGACAACGGGGACGUGCGUCUCGGUGGACGCUUCAAACCCAGAGACUGCGAGGCGCAGCAGAAAGUGGCCGUCAUCAUCCCGUUCCGUAAACGUGACGAGCAUCUGAAAUACUGGCUGCACUAUCUGCACCCUGUCCUCCAGAGACAACAGCUGGACUACGGCAUCUAUGUCAUCAACCAGGACGGGGAUGAGAUCUUUAACCGGGCCAAGCUGCUGAACGUGGGUUACGCGGAGGCGUUGAAGGAGUACGAGUACGAGUGCUUCGUCUUCAGUGACGUGGACUUGAUCCCCAUGGACGACCGGAACACUUACAGGUGCUUCAGUCAGCCCAGACACCUAUCAGUCUCCAUGGACAAGUUUGGCUUCAGACUUCCUUAUUACCAGUACUUUGGGGGCGUGUCCUCGAUGAGUAAAGAACAGUACAUGAAGAUCAACGGUUUCCCUAACAACUACUGGGGCUGGGGCGGAGAGGACGACGACAUCUACAACAGGUUGGUGUCCAGAGGAAUGUCCAUCUCCAGGCCGAGCGGCGGGGUCGGGAAAUGUCGCAUGAUCCGACACAAACGUGACGACAAGAACGAACCCAACCCUCAGAGGUUUGACAGGAUCGCUCACACCAGAGAGACGAUGCUCAAAGACGGCAUUAACUCUCUGUCGUACAGAGUUGUGAACACAGAGAAGUUUGAGCUGUUCACUAAAAUCACAGUGGACGUCGGGAAACCGUGACGCCGCCGCCGCCGCCGCGCCGCUCGUGGUCAUGUGACUCUUGAAUGUUUGGCUUGUGGACGUUUGUUUGAUUGUGGUUUCAGUUUUUUUUCUUUCUUUCUGGUGAACACGUCUGUGAUUGGACGCUGACUGUGACCAAUCACAAGCCUCCGCUGCUGCACAACCACAAGCCUUUAUUUUGAAAAUCAGACAAUCAGAUGGUGGGGGUGGGGGGCGGGGUUAGUCCUGGUUCACUCUGGACCUGUCCGUCAUGUUUGAAUGUCCAUGUUGACCAAUGAGAGAUGAGCUGUGUGUGUGUGUGUGCGUGCGUGUGCGUGUCAGAAACUAAAGUCAUCGAUGACACACGCAUCCACUGUGAACCAGGACUUGUGGGUAAUGAGGGGGCGUGGCUUAGAGCUGGUUCAGGUGAUUGUUGAUCAGCUCAGUCAUUGAUUAUUGAUUGUAUCUCAAAGUGUCCUUAUCAGAGCUGAACCAAAGAUCUGUCUGUCUGUCUGUGUGCGUGUCUGUCUGUCUGUCUGCCUGUGUGUGUGUGUGUGUGUGUGUGUGUGUGUGUGUUACUCUGUUCAGACCAAAUAUUUUGUCUUUAAUCAAUAAAAAGUUCAUCUUC